AUGUCCAAGGUCGAUGCUGAAGUCAUCAUUGUUGGGGCCGGUAUUGGUGGGCUCACACUCGCUGCGAUCUGCAAAAGACUGGGCAUCACCUACAAAGUCUUGGAAAGAACCGAGGUAUUGCAGCCCGUUGGUGCAGGGAUCUCUCUGGCGCCCAACGCUCUUCGGGUUCUUGAUCAAAUUGGUGUUUAUGAAGAGCUCCAGGAGACGGCCCAGAAGCUGCGAAAACUACAGAUCUGGCGCAAUGCUACUCAGUGGAAUAGCUUGAGCUUAGACUCGUUGGAGCCGACUUAUGGUUACCCCAUCCUGUCUGCUGAGAGACACAACUUCCACAGACUUCUUUAUAAGGCGGCUGGCGAGGAAGAGAACGUAGUUCUUGGCUCCAAGGUUGUCGAUAUUGUCGACACACCCGGCGAGCCAGUGCGCGUCAUUGUUGACGGUGAAAAAGAGUAUCGUGGAAACCUUGUUGUCGGAGCAGAUGGCAUCCGCUCAGCUGUCCGACGAGCCCUCUUGCGCAACACUACUCACGACGCACCGGCCAAUACCAUACAGUUCACUGGACGUGUACACUUUUCUGGAAUAACCAGUCCGCUUCCCAACUGUGGCCCUGAGGAGCUUGGCGUGGCCAACUGGAUGCUCUACGAUCAAACCAUUCUCACAACCUGGCCGUGCAAGGAUAAUAGGCAAUGGUACAUUGGGGUCAAGAAGGCGGACGGUGACGUCGAUAAGAACCGCUCCGUGUGGGGUUCUAUCACGCCUGAAGACAUCAAGAAGGUAUACCGACGGGCUUUCCAUCCAUUUGCGGAGGGAGGUCAGUUUGGAAGCAUCAUUGACAAAUCGGAGAGGCUUAUUGCCAGUAACGUCUUCCAGGAAGUGGAAUUUCCGUCCAUGCACAAUGGAAGAGUGGCACUUUUAGGUGACGCGGCUCAUAGUAUGACGAGCUUUUUUGGACAAGGCGGUUGUCAAGCCAUUGAAGAUGCCGCCGUGUUGGGCAACCUGAUGGCUGAGAAUCGCAAGACCCUCGCUGAGGAUUCUGAACUGAUUCUUUCUACCUACGCAAAGAUCAGAGAGCCUCGAACCAAAGACUUGUCAAAAUUUAGCGACAACUUCGCUCUGCUGCAUACAGCGAGAUUGCCGUACGGCACCGGUCCACUCGUUAGAUGGCUACUUUACACCAUCGUGCCCACAUGGUUCUGGAUAAAGUAUUUGGGUUGGCUGUACAAGUACCAGCCAAUUGUGACCGCUCUGGGUACACCGCCUGGCCCCGGAAAGAAGAAGGCAUAA